UCUUGCGGUGUUCCGAUCACACUAUUCUAUAAGCGUAACCCAGAAACCGAAGAUGCGUUAGCGUCUCAUAUCAUUCAGUGCCAUUCUUUUUGUUUGUUAACGGUUCCAUACUAUUCAUAGAGCCAUUUACUGAAUACUAUGAUUAUAAAAUAUUUUGCAAACAAUUUUUUUUCUCAUUCUUGGUAGUUGUGUGAAUUUUUAGAUCCAGUUUUAGGUUGAAGUUGCUGCAUGCACUAUGCCUUGGGGGCAUAAAGGAUUUAGAAACUGCAACUAAUUAUGGAAUAAUUCAAUAAAAUUUCGUCGACGAUAACGCCACCCGCUGGUCCCGAAGCCGACCUAACAGUCCAACGCCAAACGCGCUUCCUUUCCGGGGAAAAAAAUCCACCAAAAACCCUAACUCUCUUCGUUCGCGUGGGACGGUUCUUCAUUUCUUCUCACCGAUGGCCUCCAAUGGAAGCUCUGCGAUGGUGGGUGAUGCGGAGAGCAGCUUGGAGAAGAUCAAACGGCAGCUGACGUCGGGCUCGGGGAGGUAUCUGCUGCAGGGCCCGCUUCUCAAGCGGUCCGAAACGCUGAGGAAAUGGAAUGAGAGAUGGGUGAUCUUGGACCCAACAUCCGGAAAAAUGGAAUACAAGACUCGGAGAAAUGAGACUGUUGUCAAGGGAACAAUCAUAUUUGAUUCAAACAGUACCAUCACUGUGUCCCCUGUGAACUUCCAUGGGCUUCCAAGAUAUGAUGGCUGUUGUUUUUAUAUCGGAACUCCACGUAAGAAGGACUACUUUCUUUGUGCUGAAACCCCUGGUGCUGCAAGAGCUUGGGUAUCCACUUUACAUGCAACUCAGUUGGUCCUUCGGGCCCAUAAAGAGGCAGUUAAUUCAUUGAGUGGGAAUGGCUCUGCAAAAUUAGGAACAGUUGCUGCUGUAAUUGCAGCUGCCAACUCAACUGCAGUGGAAGCAUCCAAAGAAAUAGAAGCAGCAAUGAAGAUAUCUAUGAGAGCAGCUUUGGGCUUGUUGACAAAUAAAACAAGUGAAGGUCACCUGGAUGAUCUGACAAUUAUGAAGGAGACUCUUCGAGUGAAAGAUGAGGAGCUACAGCAGCUAGCUAAGGACCUUCGUGCUAGAGAUUCCACAAUAAAAGUGAUAGCAGAUAAAUUAACAGAUACAGCUGAGGCUGCUGAAGCUGCUGCUUCUGCAGCACAUGCAAUGGAUGAAGAGAGAAGACGUGCAUGUGCAGAAAUAGAGCACCUAAACAAGGAUGCAGAGAAGCAAAUAGAGUCAUCCAUGCUUAAGUUGAGAGAAUCUGAAGAAAAGGUAAUGGCCCUAAGCAAAGACAGAGAGAUAUUACUGAAGCAGAGGGACUCUGCAGUUCAGGAGGCACAACUAUGGCGUUCUGAGCUUGCAAAAGCUAGAGAACGUGCUGUGGUUUUAGAAGCAGCUGUUGUCAGAGCUGAAGAACGGGCCAGGGUUUCAGAGGCAAAUGCUGAGGCUAGAAUAAAGGAUGCUGCAGAAAGAGCAGCAGCCACUGCAAAAGAAAAAGAAGACCUCCUAGCAUUAGUAAAUAUCUUGCAAUUACAAGUACAGAGACAACAAAGCAACACCAAGCAGUUCCUUGAAAGAUCGGAGUCGUGCUCUGGCACUGAUGGCACUCUUCCAAGGACAAAGCAUGUAGACUUAUCAGAGGAUGAUGUAGAUAAAGCUUGCUUGACCGAUUCAAGAUCAGUUCCUGCGAAUAGUGUAGCCCAAUUGGGAGUUGAUGGAGUUGAAAUCCAUUCUAUUGGUGAUGCUGAGUGGAAUGAUAUCCAGUCCAUGGAUGCAAGGGUAGCUGAUGUAAGGGAGAUCGCCCCUGAAGCAGAGCAAAGCAGCUUGGACAUUCCUGUAGUGAGGCCGUCCGUUGAUGACCAUCAACAUAGAGGCAACCCUUCCCAGCCGUGAUGUUUCUGUGAGCUAUUUAUUGAAUUUCAGUGAUGGUGGUGACUAUGGGGCAUUGUAUAACUUAAUAUUAGUAAAUAAAGGUGUUGGAAUAUGAUCUGCCAAGGGAAUUCUUUCAAAUCUUUAUUUGAUUGUUGGGAUAAAUUUUUAAGGAGCUGCCAGGUACCAUAAUUUGAAAAUCUGCUAGAUGGGUUGUUUUUUGAAGGAUAUGUUUUUGAUAUCAGAUUUAUGGUCAUUGAAUGAAAUUAUACAGGUGAAUAAAU